AUGAAAGAGGAGGGGCGAAUGGUUCGUAAAAGUCAUACACUUGGUGCGUUGUUGUUUGGAAGGCGAGGAAGGCAAAUGUCUUCUCGCGAAGGUGCGAUGGGCUUUGGUAAGGCGAGUGUUCAUCAUGCGCUGAUCGUCAUAUUUCUUGAAUAUUUCGCUUGGGGCUUGCUCACCGUUCCAGUCAUUAAUGUAUUGGCAGAUACAUUUCCAACGAAUAAAUUUUUGAUGAAUGGUAUGAUAUUGGGUGUAAAAGGUUUUUUAUCGUUUUUAAGUGCUCCACUCGUUGGUGCACUAUCAGACACGUGUGGUCGCAAACCAUUCCUACUAUUAACCGUGUUUUGCACUUGUAUGCCAAUACCUUGCCUCAAAAUCAGUCCGUGGUGGUAUUUUGCAUUGUUUUCACUCAGUGGUCUCUUUUCGGUGACAUUCAGUGUUGUUUUGGCAUAUGUGGCUGAUAUCACCGAGAAAAGCGAUCGAUCGGCAGCGUAUGGGCUCGUUUCUGCAACGUUUGCUGCCUCUUUAGUCACAUCACCAGCUCUUGGUGCUUGGAUUUCGGAGAACUGGGGUGAUGAGGCAGUCGUUAUAUUGGCAACGUCAGUAGCGACUCUUGAUGUUUUGUUUGUUUUAAUAGCUGUUCCCGAAAGUUUACCAAUUCACUUACGACAUUCGAUGGACACUGUGUCGUGGCAUUCAGCCGAUCCAUUCGUAACGCUGCGUAUUGUUUGGGAUGAUCGCAUGGUAUUGCAGUUAGCUGUUAUUGUAUUGCUCAGUUAUUUACCUGAAGCUGGGCAGUUUUCAUGUUUUUUUGUCUAUCUCAAGUUGGUCGUUGGCUUUACGCCUGAAGCUGUUGCAGCAUUUAUCGGUUUGGUUGGUAUAUUAUCUGUAGUUGCUCAAACGGGUGUCCUUUUGGUUCUUACUCAGACAAUUGGCACUAAGCACACUAUCACAUUGGGUCUUUGUUUUCAGUUUGCACAGUUGUUAUGGUAUGGAUUGGGAACGAAAUACUGGAUGAUGUGGGCUGCUGGCUUAUUAGCUGCUAUGAGUCAGUUGACAUAUCCAUCAAUAAGUGCAUUUGUUAGCUUGCAAAGUGAUCGUGAUAAACAAGGUGCUGUACAGGGUGUUAUUACGGGUAUACGAGGCUUGUGUCAAGGUUUGGGACCAGCUCUAUUUGGUUUUAUUUUUUAUCAGUUCAAUAUGGAUUUGAAUGUGGAUAAUGAUAAUACUGGUCAUGUCGGCAUCGCGCAGUUUCCAGCACCACGGAUUCGACCGCAGACAAUCUCAAUUUCAGUUGCAUCACCGAAACGAAAUAUCACUUCUUCGUCAUCCAUCGAUAGACCAACAUUCGAUUGGCAAUUAAUACCAGGUCCGCCGUUCUUAUUUGGUGCGUUGAUGGUGUUAUUAGCGUUACUCGUCAAUUCGUCAUUACCAAAAAGUGCGAGCAUCAUUUCAACUAGUAAUCGCUCAUCUAGGCGAUCAACCUCUUCAUUGAGUAGACAAUCGUCAAACGAUUCUGCUAAACUUUUAUAUGAUUCUUCAUGA